CACUGACACUUGGCUGCAGCAAUCGAAGGCACCUGUCCAUUCCCCCCACCAAACGCUUUUCCUCCUAAAGUCCCUAUCAGUCGACCCGGGGAUUUGCUUCCUAUAAGAGAUGUCACUAUCGCCGGACCUGGGUUGCAGCGGUUCCCCCAAAGCCCGCCAACUGCUGUAUCUUCGCUUUUCUUGAUCUUUCCGGAUGGUCCACGACCACAGUGGCAGCGCCUCCAUGCCAUGGCGGGCACCACAGCGUACGACCAACAAGCGAACAAAGGCCCGGCCUUGCUGGCGGUGAUGUGGACUCUGACGAGCCUUGCGACCGUGUUGGUCUGCGCGCGCCUCGUCAUCCGGACGAAGAUUAUUCGUGCGUUUGGGUUGGACGACUGGCUGAUUGCUUCUUCAAUGAUCUUAGGGCUAUGCAACGUCAGCCUCGCGACCGUCGCCGUCACCCAAGGUCUCGGCCGACACGCUUCCGCGAUCGGUCCCUCCGCCGCCGAACGAGCGAACCUGACCAUCGAUCUCGGCUGGAUCUUCGGGAUCCUCGCGUUCGCGCUGCCGAAAUUAGGCGUGGCCGCCCUGCUGCAUCGCAUCUUGGUGCCUGGAGUUCCCAUGCGGUGUGCGCUCUGGGGGCUGACGGGGCUGGUGAUGGUCGUCGCGGUGGUGAAUAUCUUGGUGCUAUUUACCCAGUGUGACCCGCCGCGCGCGCUGUGGGCGACGGUCGAGGGGGCAAGCUGUCGCAGCUCGAGGGUUCUGAUCGGGGUGGCGACGUUAAAUGGGGCAUUAUCAGCCUUCACCGACCUCAGCCUCGCGAUCUACCCCAGCCUAAUCCUCUGGCGAUUGCAGAUGUCGCUGCACAAGAAACUCGCCCUGUGCGCGGCGUUAGGGCUGGGCGCUAUUUCCGCCUGCGCCGCCAUCAUCAAAACCACCCACCUCGACGCCCUCGGCGACGUUGCCGACACAACAUACGAAAGCUGCCCCCUCGUCCUCUGGACCAACGCCGAAGCCAACCUCGUCAUCAUCGCCUCCUGCAUCCCCACCCUCCAGCCCCUCCUGGAAUUUGUCCUCGGGAAACGCUCCUCCGCCUGCCGGUCCUACAGCCUCCCGCGCUCGUACCCAACCCCCGUGCCGUCGUAUGGGCCGGGCUCUGCGCGAAAGGGGCGUCAUCCGUUGACGACUGAGAGUGCUACACGAACGGACAGCCAGGAGGAGAUCUGGUCCGGGGAUGAGGAGGUGGAGACGGGGCGGCAGGGGCGGGGCAGGAAGUGGGAGAUCCAUCGCACGGAUCAGAUUGUCGUGGAGUUUGAGAUGGGGGGUGGGCGGGGGCGGUAG